CAAGCACAAAGCUAAGCAAUGCCGCUAACGGCCAACCCCAAAUGAAGACUGUCACUUUCAAAGUCCAAACCCACCUACCGUUUCUGCCAAUCGUAUAAAACUGUGGCAGUGAAUAAUCAUAUUAUUAGCCAUUCACGCUCUGAAAGAAUCAAGGACUGUGUCUUCUUGAAAGCCAUGGCUGAGAAGGUGUCAAGUGGAAGUAGAGGGAAGCCUAUUCGAUGCAGAGCUGCGGUGUGUCGGAAGCCAGGUGAGCCGCUAGUGAUCGAAGAGAUCGUAGUGGCACCGCCGAUGCCUCAUGAAGUGCGCAUUCGAAUUAUAUAUACUUCCCUCUGCCACAGUGAUAUCGUCUUCUGGAAAAUGAAGGACUUCCCUGGAAUUUUCCCUAUAAUUCUCGGUCACGAAGCUAUCGGGGUUGUGGAGAGUGUUGGGGAGGAUGUCAAUGAGGUAAGUGAAGGAGAUACGGUCAUCCCAACAUUCAUGGCAGAGUGUGGAGAAUGUAGAGAUUGCAAAUCAACAAAGAGCAACCUGUGUUCAUCUUCAGAACUGCCCUUCAAGGUCUCACCUUUUAUGCCAAGAUAUGGGACAAGCAGAUUCACUGACCUCAACGGCGAGACUCUAUACCAUUUCCUAUGUGUGUCUAGUUUUAGUGAGUAUACAGUGAUAGACAUAGCCCAUGUCACAAAGAUUGAUUCUGGAAUACCUCUAUCUAAGGCUGCAGGCCUUCUGGGGUGUGGAGUAUCAACAGGGGUUGGUGCUGCAUGGAGAACUGCAAAAGUAGAACCAGGAUCAACUGUGGCUAUAUUCGGGCUUGGUUCAAUUGGAUUAGCUGUUGCAGAGGGAGCAAGACUUUGUGGAGCUACAAGAAUUAUUGGUGUGGAUGUGAACCAAGACAAAUUUGAAGUUGGGAAAAAGUUUGGACUCACUGACUUCGUUAAUGCUGCAAAUUCUGAGAAUAAAUCUGCGAGCGAGGUGAUAAUUGAGAUGACUGACGGUGGUGCAGAUUAUUGCUUUGAAUGUGUAGGGAUGGCAUCAGUGGUGCAAGAAGCUUAUGCAUGUUGCCGCAAGGGUUGGGGAAAAACAAUCGUGUUGGGAGUGGACAAGCCAGGGUCACAGGUGAGCAUUCCUUCAGCGAGUAUCCUUUGUACUGGCAAAUCACUCAUGGGAGUCUUAUUUGGAGGACUGAAACCCAAAUCAGAUAUUCCUAUUCUCCUAAAUCGCUACAUCAACAAGGAACUACAACUGGAUGAGUUUAUUACACAUGAAGUAACAUUUGAGGACAUUAACAAAGCUUUUGAUCUACUCAUUGAAGGGAAAUGUUUGCGAUGUGUAAUCUGUAUGAAUGAUCAGUGAGUUACUUCCUAUUAGUAACAACCUGUCCUUCACAUGUAAGAUUUCACUGUUUAAUAAGGAACUGCCAUCUACA